AUGCCCAGCAGAGAAACCGUUCUAUUCGUUAAUGGCGGCUCCAUCUUCACCAGCGAGACCAUCGGCGACAUUGUAUAUCUCAAGUACAAUGAACACUACCUCUACUGCUCGGAAGAUGGCGGAUGGCAGAUAAAACUGAUGCCUGAGCUUCCUGAAGAGAAUGAGCGACUGCAUUUGCAAUAUGACAGAAAAAUGCUCACCUUUUCGCGGUGGAACAAAAUUGGAUGUCUCCAUGUGAGCUGGUACCGCCAUACCGGUGACGUGUAUUUUCUGAAAGACAAUGUGAUAGACCCUUAUGAUGAGUGCUUAACACUUGAAUUGGUAAAAAUCUAAGGCAGUUAGUCGUAGUCAGUAUAAUAAACAGCAUUUUUAUACAUUUCGAAUGAUGCUUUGAAAGUGAGCAAGCCGUAGAAAUGUAGUGGGAAUUGGAGAAAGCCGCUUGAUAUAGGACGGUGCUGGGUGAUUAGUGAAUACCGAGUCUGAUAUCGACUACGUACAAGCUCUAUGUUUGAGAUGGUUU